GGCCGGGCGGCGACGGUGGCGGCGAUGAAGCAGCCGAGGUCGCGGCAGGAGCCGCGGCGGAUGGGCAACUCCGCCAUGGUCAUCACCAUGCUGCUCUCCCUCUGCGUCCUCACCUUCAUCAAGGCCCGCUACUGCACAACCCCAUACCCCAACAAGCCGGCGCCGUUGCUGGAGGUGGAGAUCGACGACGACUACGACGGCAGCCGGUACAAGAUCUCGGGCCCGAUCGGGGAGGAGGACUUCGACCCGAGCCGCCCCACCUGCUACAACACCAGCAAGCGCUCCGAGCGGUGCGCGGCGGUGGGGGACAUCCGGGUCGACGGCAACCACUCCAAAAUCUACAUCAGCCCUCUCGACAAAGAAUGGCGGACCAAGCCGUACGCGCGCCGACACGACGCGGUCGCCAUGGACGACGUCCGCGAGUUCGCGCUCCUCCCCUUCGGCGCCUCCAACGAGACGGUCAUCCCGCCGCUCUGCACCCGGAACCACUCCGUCCCGGCCUUCCUCUUCUCCAGCGGCGGCUUCGCGGGCAACCUGUACCACGACUACACCGACGUGCUCGUCCCGCUCUUCACCAGCACCCACCACUUCGGCGGCGAAGUGCAGUUCCUGCUCACCGACAUCAAGGACUGGUGGCUGGACAAGUUCACGCCGCUCUUCCGCCACCUCUCCAACUACGACGUCAUCGACGUGGACAACGACCAGGAGGUGCACUGCUUCCCGCGCAUCGUCAUCGGCUCCACCUUCCACCGCGCCAUGGGCAUCGACGCCACCCGCUCCCCGGGCGGCGAGACCGUCGCCGACUUCAAGCGCCUCCUCCGCCGCGCCUUCCACCUCAAGCGCGACGUCGCAUCGCACAUCAAGCCCCGGCUCCUCAUCAUCUCCCGCAAGUCCUCCCGCCGCUUCCUCAACGAGCGCGCCAUGGCGCACGCCGCCGCGCUGGCGCAGUUCGACGUGCGCAUCGCCGAGCCGGACAACCACACCGACAUGCCCAACUUCGCGCGCCUCGUCAACUCCGCCGACGUCAUGAUGGGCGUGCACGGCGCCGGGCUCACCAACAUGGUGUUCCUCCCCAGCCGCGCCGUGCUGGUGCAGGUGGUGCCGUUCGGCGGGCUCGAGUGGCUGUCCCGGGUGACCUUCAAGGACCCGGCCAAGGACAUGGACGUGACCUACAUGGAGUACAACGUGUCGCUGGAGGAGAGCUCGCUCAAGAACCUCUACCCCAAGGACCAUUUCUACCUGCAGCACCCCUACGACGUGCACAAGAAGGGCUGGGACGCCAUCAAGACCGUCUACCUCGACAAGCAGAGCGUCACCCUCAACCUCACCAAGUUCGCCGACGCGCUCGAGCACGCCAGAAGCCUCCUGCCCUGACAUUGAGCUCUGCAGCCAGCCUGCGAGUUCCUUCGUGCUAGAUUAGACCUUCUUCCUCUUCUUCCCCCCGAUGCUUCUGUCCUCUUCUUGAUUUGUUGUUCUUCUUGUCAUGGCAAGAUUCAUUUCUUUCAUUGUUUCUUUCUUCAUUUUUUUUUUUUUGGUAAAGGACGAAGAGACGAACAAGUUCGUGUCACAGCAUAGGCAACAAGUGUGCAAAGCCUAAUUAAUUACACACUUUGUAAAUCGAUUGAUUAUACCAAGCCCACAUGAGAGUAAUUAUUUUGCCCACAUGGGGACUCA